UGUUACUGACUGAUGAUUAUUUUGAAUAUGAACAGGGCCAUGCAGAAAUCAUUGUGAAGGAUAGGCUAAAAGAAAACAUUGCUUUUUGGCGUCGAAUCGGAAGUUCAGACUACGUCACUGAUAUCAUAGAAAAUGGAUACAAAAUUCCGUUUUAUUCAACACCACCCAAUACGGUUUUAGGCAACAACAAGUCUGCUAGAUUGCACGAAGAGUUUGUAUCAGAGGCUGUGUCUCAAUUACUCAAAAAAGGUUUAGUGGUGCAGUGUGAUAUAAAGCCUACAUUUGUUAAUCCUUUGUCAGUGUCAAUCCAAUCUUCAGGUAAGAAGAGACUGAUCUUAGACUUGUCAUGGGUCAACAAGCAUGUAUGGCAACAAUCGGUGAAAUAUGAAGAUUGGAGGACAGCCAUGAUGUACAUAAACAAAAAUGACUGGCUUGUAAAGUUUGAUAUUCACUCGGCUUAUCACCAUAUUGACAUAUUUCCUCUUCAUACCUAAUAUUUAGGUUUCUCAUGGGGGACUGGUCAAAAAAUGACAUAUUACAAGUUUCUUGUUUUGCCAUUCGGGCUUACAUCGGCGCCUUAUGUUUUCACCAAGGUGACCCGUCAGUUGGUAAAGUAUUGGCGUUACAAAGGCUAUAGAAUUGUUACUUUUCUUGAUGAUGGUAUUUUGUCCAGUGACUCUAUGGCUAAUACUACGAUUAUUGGAAAUGCUGUCAAGCAAGAUCUCAUAAAGUCCGGUUUUCUACCAAAAAGUGAAAAAUCUUUGUGGGCUCCAUGUCAGGUUAUGGAAUGGCUAGGCUUAAUAAUUGACACGAAGUGUAUGAAACUAUCAAUCCCUCGUCGGAAGGUUGAUCGACGAGGGAUUGAUAAGUUACAUCAGAGUAUCAUCCCGUUAUUGAAAGGUAGCGGGAUUGUCCCGGUUAGAAAAGUGGCUUCAGUCGUGGGGCAGGUGAUAAGCAUGAGUUUGGUUGUAGGAUCUGUCGCUCAGCUCAUGACUAGGGCUUUGUCUAUGCAGACGGUAAGUAUAACAUCAUGGAAUGAGUUUGUUGUUUUGACACAGUACAGCAAACAUCAACUCGAGUUUUGGUUACAUGAAAUAAAUAAAUAUACAGAGAGAAUAUGGUGUGAUCAGUCCAUAGUAACGAGAGUGGUAUACAGUGAUGCCAGUAGUGUCGGCUACGGAGGGUAUUGUGUACAGUUUGGUGAGGAACAGUCUCAUGGGCAGUGGUCGGUGGAAGAAGCUGCGUUGAGUUCUACACACAGGGAAUUAAAGGCAGUGUAUAUGGUUCUGCAGAGUUUUCUCCCUUUGCUGAAGUCACACAGGAUCAAAUGGUUUUCUGAUAAUAAAAAUGUUGAAUCGAUUGUAGCUAAAGGAUCUAUGAAAUCUGGGCUGCAAAGUAUUGCUAUGGAUAUUUUUAACCUUUGUCUCCAAGGUCAGAUUCAGUUUGAAAUGCAGUGGAUACCCCGGUCAGAAAAUGAGAGAUCAGAUUAUCUUAGCAAGCUUGUGGACACGGACGAUUGGGGAAUCAGUGAUUUUGUAUAUCAGCACAUACAGAGUAUGUGGGGUCCAUAUGAUAUAGAUGUAUUUGCCUCGUAUUAUAACAACAAGGUUGCUAGGUUUGAUUCCAGAUAUUGGAAUCCUGGAUCAUGUGGAGUGGAUGCAUUUACCAUGAGUUGGUCUGAAGGCAACAAUUGGAUAGUGCCACCUGUAUAUUUGAUAUCUAGGUCAUUACGGCAAUUGAGAAUGUGUCAAGGCAGGGCUACGUUGAUAGUUCCUGUUUGGUAUUCAGCUACUUUUUGGCCAUUGUUAUGUCCUAGGGGAGAGUUUGUUUCACAGGUGAAGGAAGUGGUUUAUCUGCCUACUUACAAAGAUGCAUAUGUCCCAAGCAGACAAAGCAAUGGUGUGUUUGGUGUUUAUGAUUUAAAUUUUAACAUGAUGGCGAUUCGGGUUCAGUUUUGAAUUUCCUGUUACAGGUGUUUUUGAUCACGUGUUUGGUGACGAGAUAGCAGAGCUACCGCCGAGUGUGAAGGAAUUAGCAAAAGCAAUACCGGGACUGCUUAAUCAUACCAGAGCGACUUCCACGUGCAGAAAGUACAAGUAUGGUUUCCGUGCUUGGAGAAAGUGGGCUGUUUCUAACGAAAUCUGUCCAAGACCAGUGAUGGCUAUAUAUUUAGAGCCGAAAACAAACCGAUGUCUUAUACUCGGUUGAGGGAAUUAUUUAUUGAAGCCUUUAAGCCUUACGUACCUGACAUUAAAUGCUACGGUUUGCAUAGUUUGAGGUCAGGUGGAGCAACAGUGGCAGCCAAUAGAGGCAUCCCUGAUAGAAUGUUUAAACGACAUGGUCGCUGGAGGAGCGAGAGUGCCAAAGAUGGCUAUGUUAAGGACAGCAUCGAAAAUAGAUUAAAAGUGUCUCUUUCUUUGGGGCUUUGAAUUGCCCGUUCUUUGUUUCCUCAGUCAGUGCACCGUACAGUAUCCCAAUAUGUUGUAGUUGUGUAUUUUGUUGUGUUAGGGGGGAGAAGGAGGAGAAAUAUAAUUUCUUUCGUUUUAGGGACGAAUUAGAAUGAAAUUAUUUUCUCCUAACGUCGGAAAGCACAACAAAGGGAGGUAACCUGGUUUCGUAAUGGGUAUAUAAGUAAAGGCGGGAAGUUGAAACUUCAUUCUCAGGUGCGGUGCAGUCGGGCUGGCUAUAUUAAACAUGUUCAGUUAUGUAUGAUGCCGAUUGGAGUACACGUCGGUUGAAUCUAUAUUUUUUAUUAUUUAUGUGUGUAGUACCUGCGGCCGUCCAUAUGAUGAUCAGGAUGUUAUGCGUUGCUUGCAAGUUGUCCUGGCGAGCCAUGAUAAUACGUCGUGAGAUGGAUCGGUAUCCAUAGUUGAAAUCUCGAACACUCCAGUUGUGAGAGUAUGGAUUUGGGAUAUACUCUGAUGAGUAUGCGCUGACGAGCCAUUAGAAUACGUAAUAAGGCGUCGAUGCCUGUGUAUAUGUACACGUUGAAAAUAUGAAGCAUCGAAUAUAGAAUAUUCAUGUAAAUUACGGUUGGUUGAUGGUCAUGAUGCUGGUGAUGUUCCUGAUGCGGACGAUGUUCAUGAUAAUGUGAAUACUUGUUGAAGAAUAAACUGCGGUCAGUCAGUGCACCGUACAGUAUCCCAAUA